GAGUCACACACCAUCAAAUCAUCAUAACUCAAGAUCCUUAACGUAGUAAUAGAGAGAGAUGGAUUACGUCUUUCUUGAUUCUGUUUUCCAAGAAGAAGGAGAAAACUUCUGGAAUCUGAUCGCCGGUGACGUCUCCGGCGAUGGCGAGGGUCACAAAACAGUAAGUGAACAAAACAGAAGUGCCUUCAGGUCAUACGUGAGGGUCAAUGAACAGAGGAUGGUAUUGUCUUCAUCGACGGUGAACGUGAAGAGAAGAAUGGUGAAUCUCCUGAGAAAGAAUUGGGAGGAGAAGAAAAUUGGGACGGCGCCGGAGAAGGAGAGAUGCCGGCAACAUAUGAUGAAAGAGAGAACGAGAAGAGAGAAACAAAAACAGAGUUACUUAGCUCUUCAUUCUCUAUUACCACUUGCCACUAAGAAUGAUAAAAAUUCGACUGUUGAAAAAGCGGUAGAUCAGAUUAGGAAAUUAGAAGGAUUAAAGAAAGAACUAGAGAGAAGAAUGAAUGUGUUGGAGGCAAAAUCAGCAAAGGAUCAUGAUGAAAUGAAUGGAACAAAGGUUAGAUUUCAUGUACAGGAACCUUUAUCGGGGAUCGAUUCAAUGGUAGAAAUCCUCCAGUCUCUUAAAUCAAUGGGGACAAAACUCAAAACGGUCGAAGCCAAUUUCUCUCCUCACCAGUUCUCAGCGACCAUGAACAUUGAAACUCAGAUAAGAGGAGAAGAAGUGGAAAAAAGAGUACAGAAAAGACUCCAGGAAACUGAAUGGAAACUCCUCUUUCCCCAAGAAGCUUCGUUUCUCAAAGACUACUGACUUAUUUUCUUUUGACUUUUUUUUUUAUUCAUUCUCGUUCUUAAUUUUGUAGAACUUUAAAUUAAAUGGCACUGCUUUGUUGACAAAACAAGUAAGCACAUUGGGUCAAUAGACUCAAUACUUGUAAGUUUUGUCUCUACUGUAUGAAUCAGUGGGCCAUUUACUUUCUCUUUCCACAAAUUGAAAUAAAUAAAUGGCCAUAUAUUAUGUAGUUAAAAUGUUACUACAGUUGUAUAUAAAAUAUAAAUAAUACUACAAAUACCAUAUUUAAC